GUUUAGGUUUAUCAAGAAUUGAGUGUCCUUGAUCUGAUGUAUAUAAGGAACUUGACGAUAAUUGGAACUUUUAAAUCGUGCCGGCAACUGAUAACCAACUUCCACAGCAUGCCUUCGAAUUUUAUCAAAGAAAUCAGUGUUCUUGAUCGUUCCAAGGUACAUAUCAAGCGGAAGGACAAUGUGAACCACAUCAUUCAUAAUUUGAUCAAGGAAGGGCACAAGGAUUUACAAAUUAUUAGUGAUUUCGAUCAGACAAUCACAAGGCAGUAUCGGCAAAGGCAAAAUGUGAAGAAGAAGGACAUCAGCAGCUUCGGAGUAUUUGUCCGAUGUCCAUCCAUAUCCUCCACGUAUUCCGCUCGGGCCAGAGCAUUGGUUGAGAAAUAUCAACCCAUCGAGAAGGAUCCCAAGGUGCCCGUAGAUGAGAAAAGGCCGAUUAUGGAAGAAUGGUACACACAAAUAGGCCAAGCUAUCAGAGGAGAGAAGAUAUCCAGAUUGGAAAUAGAGAAAACGGCACGUGAAAGUGGACCAUUGCUACGCAAUGGUGUCCCCGAGCUAUUUUGUGAAUUGAACAAAGCCGAAAUCCCGCUUUUAAUUUUUUCAGCCGGACUAGGCGAUGCGGUGGAAGCCAUUUUAACAAAUUUCAACGUAUUAUUUCCCAACAUUAAGAUUGUCUCCAACUUUCUCAGCUAUAACAAUGACGGCGUAAUUGAAGGUUUCAUAAAUGACCCCAUCAUUCACGUGUUUAAUAAGAACGAGUCUGCCAUAAAAGACACAUGCUACUAUGACGUGGUCGAGCAUUGCAAAAAUGUGAUCUUAAUGGGCGAUUCGCUUGGAGAUUGCGAAAUGGCCGAUGGUGUGCCCAAUCUGAAGAAUAUUCUAAAAAUUGGUUUUGUGCAUGAUUCGGUUGCUGAAAAUUUGCCACAAUUCAUGGAUAAAUUUGACAUUGUUUUAGAGG